AUGACCCGUCUGCCUGACCUGGUAAGAGAUUCGAGGCUUGAAACUCACUUCCUCCCCGAUUGCAGUGUGGAGACAGUUCACACUUACCAUGAGUCCGAUCCGACAUCUGGUCGUCGAGUGGUCGCAAGAUCCGAGCACUGGAAGCGACAAAGGAGAAUCGGUGGGGGUGGCUACUCGACUGUUUGGUUGGAGGAAUGCGCCCAGGGCUCUCGCUGUGACAUUCAAGUUCGAGCAGUCAAGCAAAUCGAGACAGGUGGUCGGUUUCACCGAAUCGACUUCAAUCGCGAGCUCGAGACGAUUGCCAAGUUUUCUCAUUCGAGGUAUGAACGAUGCUUUGUUCAAUCCUUUGGUUGGUACCGCAGCCCCGAACAUCUUUGGAUUGCGAUGGAGUAUCUCGAACUAGGGGACAUGCUCGACUAUCUGGAUGAGAGGCCGGCUUUGCCAGAAAGUCAAGCCCAGGAAAUUACUUUUCAAAUCUUGGAGGGCCUGAAAAUGAUGCACGAGAAUGAUUUUACGCACAGAGACCUGAAGCCUAAGGCAAGCAACCACAUUUUUCUAACAUGGUAG